AUGACUCCAAAAACAGCUAUGCGCAUCGCAGUCCUUGUACUUCACGCCUGUACGACCUUCAUCGCCGCUCAGCAUCCCGACGAGGAACCGUCUUUAGAGGAACGCCGUUCUGAUGCCCAGCUCCAGAACCGAAGUCUCUACAAGAACGCCAGCUUCUCCGACGGACGUCAGGCCAACUGCGGUGAUCUAGAAAAAGCGCGAUCUGAGCUUGCCUUGAUUCGCCAUAAGCAUUCAGCGUUCACCAGCGCUAAGGUGCAAGAACUGCUUUGUGCUGCUGUACGCAGUGGAGAAGAUUCUCUAAUACGGAUAGUCCUGGAGGAAGGACUCGACAUCAUCAAACAGUCUCCGAAUCACGAGCUCCUUGUGUGUUUCUUGUGGAUCGCUGUCCUUUGUGAUCUCGACAACGAGGUUAAAGUACUACUGAAGACAGGCGCCAACGUCAAUGUGCUACUUAGAGAUCACCACAUGUUUUUCCUCGAGAAAGAAUUGACGAUUCUACACGCGCUGCUUAGGAAGGAUUCCUCCUCGUCAAAUGAACAGCUCAUCGAGCUGGUGAAGAACUACGGCGCUAACUUACAAGCGCGUGACUGCGAUGGACAAACUGCCCUGCACUACGCGGCGAUGACGGGCCGAAUCCGGGAGGCCAAAUUAUUUUUAAAAAAGGGAGCCAACUCCAACGCAGCCGACAAUAACGGCAUGACACCUCUGCUCGCAGCAGCUCAGUCCAUCAAAGCGAAUGAACUACUACCGCUUUUGAUAAUGCACGGAGCUAACGUGAAAGCCAGGGAUGUGGACGGCAGGAAUAUCUUGCACUGGCUGGCCUAUGCACCGGUGGAACAUGCCGGUCUGGUCAGAGCCUUGAUCGAGUUGGGUGUCUCGAUCAGCGAAAGAGAAUCCGUUAACCAAUACCAAGCAUUACACCUGGCCGCUGCCAAUGGAAAGAAACAAAUGGUACAGAUCUUGUUAGAAUACGGCGCUAACCCGAAUACGCUAGCAGGCGAUGACGUAUUUCCUUUAUACCUCGCGGCAGCUAGAUCGGAUAUGUCGUUAGCGUUGAAGACAUUACUUGAACGCGGCGCAAACAUUCACCUUAUAAGCAUUACGGGUGAAACCGCACUGCACAGUGAUUGCAAAAAUGUUCAGGUGCAGGAUAUUGCUCAACUCAUCUCCUCCGCAGCUAAUCUACUCGCAGAAGACCAAGUUGGAGACACUCCUUUUACUCUAAUCCGGUACAAAAACGUAAACCCAUGCAGCAGGCUAAUGAUGAGAAGGCUGGCCUUAAUAAAAGCUUGCAGUUCUUGUAUUAAAUUGAAGGAUGAAAGCAUCAUGCAGGAGUUUCCGAAGAUGCUGAGCUAUUAUUCCGAAUGUAUGCAAAACAUCUACAAGAUGGUUCUGACGAGGCUCACUGCAUCCUGCACAGUUUUCGACCUCCUUACAGGAGACAGCUGGGAGAUAGCUCAGCUCAUGCUGGAUCACAAAUUUCAGAUGAGUUUUAGACAGUUUGAUCUCACAGAAUUUUCCAUGUAUACCGAGGAUGUUCUCGAAGCUUUCGAGUGGGCUGAAAAGUGCUACCAUCUUAUACUGGAACAAGAGGACUUGAUCAGCAGUGAAGAAGAAUGCUGUGACCACCCCAUACUGCUGCAAGAGGAGAUGAUCAGCAGCAAACGAGGAUACUGUGCACCUUAUACCCAACAAAAGGAGAUAAAAUAUGCUAAAAAAUCUCUCUUAGUUAAAAAUGUAUAA